AUGAUUUCGUGCAUGUUAUCACCUACGCAGCUGAAAAGGUUGAAGAAUCACAAGUACAAGUGCGAGAACACAUCUGUGUUAGGACCAUAUAUGCAGAUACCAGCGUGCGUGUGGCUGCUCUGCGCUCUGGGGCUGUUCCUCUACCAGACUCUGGACACACUGGAUGGCAAGCAGAAUGGCCGCAUGGGCACGUCUUUAACAUCGAUCGUCGCAGAACUAUUCGAUCAUGGCUGCGACUCCGUGUCUGCAGUGUUCCUGAUGCUGGAAUUCUGCAUAUCUCUGCAGCUCGGUAAGCAGCCAGAGAUAAUGUUCGCUGUCGUGAUGUUGAGCUUCUUUAUCUUCUACCUGGCGCAUUGGACCACAUACGUGUGCGGCUACUUCUACUUUGGAUCUUUUGACGUGGCCGAAUUGCAGAUGGCCGGUAUAGGAAUGUUCUUGGCAUCCGCUGUAUUUGGAUCGGCUAUGUGGAAGACCCAGUGGCUGUUCCCCGUCCUACCGAUCAUGACGGUGAUCAUUCCUGCCUACCUCAUCCACGUGAGAUCACCUAGCGGCCUGUUUGAGAAUUAUCCGUGUCUGUAUCUCAUCGCGUUCGGCCUCGUAUCUGCCAAGAUGUGCAACCGACUCGUGGUGGCGCACAUGGCAAAGAGUGAGCUGUCGAUGUGGGAUUCGUCGCUGUUCGGGCCCGCGUUGCUCCUCCUGAACCAGCUUGCUAGCUCGCCCAUCAGCGAACGUCGGGUGCUGUGGCUGUUCUUGCUCUACUGCCUGUUCGACUUGCUACACUACUUCUACUGCGUCGCCCAACAGAUAUGUGGCUAUUUCAACAUCUACUGCUUCACGUACGGCUCACCCCCUAGCGACACAGGGCAUCACGGAACGGGACACAACUGCACGCAACCGACGGUACGCAGUGACACGGAGCAUCAUAUGACGGUAGAGAAUGGAAUAGGGCAUCACGGACUGGCGCAGGACUGA